UUCCGGGUGUAGGCCGAGCCUGGAGCUGACACGGACCGGGACUGGGAACGGGUGUGGGAGCUGGAGUGAGACUGCCAGCGGCCAACACCCCAGCUCUGGUAGCGGGGUGCUAUUCUCAGGGAAGCGAGUCGCAGAGGGCAAUCCCUCAGGAUCGAAGAUGACUUGCUUCCACUUCAGUUCUUUGGGUCCUCGGGUGGCUGAUGACAGUAUGGGAUUUGCAGUCUCUGGCACAGAAUAAAACAACGUUCUGUUUGCGGUGAAUUGAGAGCCUGGAAUUACCUGCAGUGUGGCUUCUUUGUUGAGAGAGGAAGAUCUGACUGUGUGGAUUACAAAUUAAUUUGGGAGCUGGUGGAGAAGACAUUCAGCACAAUGACGUCAGAGCUGGAGAGCAGCCUGACGUCCAUGGAUUGGUUGCCACAGCUGACGAUGAGGGCAGCCAUUCAGAAAGCUGAUGCUGCUCAGAAUGUGGCUGGUGGCGGGGUUACAAAGAAGACCUCCCUUCUGGAUCCAAACACUACUCUGGACCAGGAUGCGCAGAACAAAGAUGGCAAACCACCAUACAGUUAUGCCAGUCUCAUUACCUUUGCUAUUAACAGCUCCCCAAAAAAGAAGAUGACACUUAGUGAGAUCUAUCAGUGGAUCUGUGACAACUUUCCCUAUUACAGAGAAGCUGGCAGUGGUUGGAAGAAUUCCAUUAGACACAACUUAUCAUUAAAUAAAUGUUUUCUGAAAGUGCCUCGGUCCAAAGAUGAUCCAGGCAAGGGUUCAUACUGGGCUAUUGACACUAAUCCAAAGGAGGACACACUGCCUACUCGGCCAAAAAAGAGGCCGCGAUCAGGAGAAAGGGCAUCAACACCCUACAGUUUGGACUCAGAGCCUUUAGGAAUGGACUGCAUCAUCUCUGGAAGUGCCUCUCCAACCAUGGCAAUCAACACUGUGACUAACAAAGUAACACUAUAUAAUACGGAUCAAGAUGGAAGUGAUAGUCCUCGCAGCAGCCUUAACAACAGCCUGUCUGACACGAGUUUAGCGUCCGUCAACCUGAAUAAUGUCGGCUCUGUCCACAAUUAUGCACAGGUGACAACUCGAGCAGAUUCAGUCCCCCAGAGCCUAACACCACAACAUCAGCAGCAGCAACAACAGCAGCAGCAGCAGCAACAGUACAGUAUGCCCGAGAGGGACACUAAACCACCCUUCUCAGAAUACAACUUUGAAGAUCUGAGUGCCUCCUUCCGUAGCCUUUACAAAUCAGUCUUUGAGCAGUCUCUCAGCCAGCAGGGGAUGAUCAACCUGCCUUCGGAGACUUCACAGCCAACCCAUACAUCAUGUUCCUACCAGCAUUCUCCCAACAGUACUGUUAGCACCCAUCCGCACAGUGGACAGAACAGCCUGUCCAACAGCCAUGCAAGCAGCCUUGGAGGCGGUGGGGGAGGGCCACAAGUGCAAAUGCCGCAACAUCAGAUCCAUCCACAACACGCUCAUCACCAACACCAUCAGCAUCAACAUCCACAGCAUCAGCCAAACCAGCAACAUCAUCAGCAGCAGCAGCACCAUCAUCAUCAUCAACAGCAACAGCACAUGGCCUGUAAUAUCGGCAUUCCUUCUGAUUGGUGCAUGAAUCUGGACACUCUGAAGGAGAGUUUCCGUAUUGCUAGCAGUUUCAACUGGUCUGAUGUGGAUCUUUCCCAGUUCCAAGGUCUGAUGGAGAGUAUGAAACAGGCGGAUCUCAAUAACUGGUCACUCGAUCCUGUUCAGUUUGCGGACUUGUGCUCUUCCCUAAACCAGUUCUUCACACAAACUGGUCUGAUCCAGUCACAAGGGAACAUGCAGCCCUCCGUUUGUCACAGCACAAUGCAUACGCAGAAACCAAACCAGCACAUCAGUACAGGAAGCUUGUACAUUGACUCCAGACAAAACCUUCCUGCUUCAAUGAUGGGGCCCCCAGGGUACCCCCAUCUCCCACCUCUCAGUACCCCAGGACCAGCCAUGACAGGGCACCAUGCAGGAAUGAACCAGCAACACAUGAUGUCGCCUUCCAGCUUUCCAAUGCACAGACCGAUGUCUCAACAUCACAACCCUGCAGACGAUAUCCAGGAUGAUUUCGACUGGGAUUCCAUUGUCUAAUUUUUCUUUCUAAGGACAAGCCUGUCAAUGUGACUCAGAUGUUCUUUUAGCUUCUUGCUUAUUUGUGUCGGCCAUUGCUGGCCACAAUCGCUGGACUGCUGCCUGGACACGGCCCCACCACCACUCUGCAAGAGAGCUGUACUUUUUUUUUGAGAGGGGUGGGUGGGGAACAUGCCCUCAGCUUGCAGUCACUACCGAAAUGUGGAGAUAGCUGUUGGCCCCUCAGCGGUGGAGCAGCGGUAACAAGCAACGAAGCUUUUUCUGACUCUGAACAGAUUUUUUUUUUUCAUUUUUUUAAUCAAAGGGGUGUGUUAAGGGUUGGUAUCUGAGCACUGCUCAUGUGAAUGAUGUGGCUUGGAUGUGAUCUAAGGUUCUGGAAGGAUGGUACAUUCAGUGCAGAGAUUCUCUCCUGUGUGUGGUUUUAUUUGGAGGAAGCACUCGAAUAGGAAGAAAUGCACAUGGAUAGGGGAUCAGAAAGCUGGCUUCUGGACGGUUUCUCCAAGAAGAAGCUAAGGGUGCUGUCAGUAGUUGGGAGGGGAAUAUUUUACAAAAUGAGUUUCUUUUAAGAGAAUUUUGACUAAAUAUGGUGCUGCAGAAAAACCUCUCAAUUUUUGUUGAAAAUCCAGUUGCUGUACCAGGAUUAGUAUUGAAGAAAAUACUAGGGUAACUGGGGAAAGUGUUCUAACGCUCCAAAGAUCGCCUUGCUUCGGCUUGCAUUAUCUUUGAAUCUUCAGCUUUUGUGCAUACAACACCAGCUUUCCAAGUCUGAACUGUUGGGAUUCUCCCCAGAGAUCCCACCUGGAUGCUUAUUAAUGAGGCUACUACAUCUCACCAGAAAGGUAGCACAAAAUUCAGGUUUUCAAGUACCAUGUGCCAAGUGUUGAUGUGGUUUUUGUUGGCAUCCCAGUGAUAAAUGUAGUUUUGUGAUGGCAAAGGAGUCUGUCCCUCUCUUUGACUGGUAGUGGCUAUAAUCCAAUGAAGUAUCCUGAGAUGAAUGUUCAGCAACUUCUGGUGAAUUUGUGUAUCCAAGUCGCACAUAGUAAAAUAUAAAGGAGUGAAGCACAGAUUACAGAAUACAUGCACGGUGCAAUCUUAUAAAAUGUUAACCAUCCCUUUUGCUUUACCAAAAGUUAUAUGAUCAUAGUAAUAGCUAAACUGGUUACUGCCUUCCUCUUUCCUCUGGCCAAGGUGGAAAAGGCUGCAGUGCAUUGUAUCCUGUCGAGGGAUGCUGCAGGGGAAGUAUAUUAACCGAUAAUGCAUUUGUCAGCUUUGCAUGUUCAGUGGUGGGUAAAUGAGAAUUUCAUUAUAGGAAUCCCAUUCUGCUUUUGAUACUUGUGUUGCAUCCUUUUUCACUUUUUUUUUGAUUUUAAUGAAUUGGAGCUUUUAUAUAUGCACUUUCUGGGGCUGUGCCUACUUGAUUAUUUCCAUCCCCUUUUGUUUAAAAGAAAGAAUCAUUGCACCAUCAAGUAGUGCUUUCAGACUUCAAUACUAAUAUAUGGAUGCAUAGCCUUUCUUGUUUUACACUUUAGAUUGUGAUGCAAGUCAAAUCCAUGCCUGUCUCAAGACUGGGGUAGUAAGAACUUAGUGAUAACUUAUUGAAUGAGUGCUUCCUAGCUGAACAUUUGUUCUUGCUAGUGCAUGGUUUUCUUUUGCCUUCCAGCUUUUUUUCCUUUUGUUUCAUUUACUCCCCUUUAUUGAGCCAGUGAUUAAGUGUGUUUUAUUAUGUUACAUUUUGUAAACAUGGUGAUCCAGGAGUAAAAGUUGUCAAAAUAGACCAGGCACACUAUUGUCCUAAAUUUGUCACCAGAGGCUGCUGGGAAAUUAUGGCUAUUUAAUGGCAGAGUUUGCCUACUGCAAAAACUUGAUUUACUAAAUUUUUUUUAGGUAUAUUAGACUUGCGCUGGAGACUCUAUAGUUCAUGAUACCAAUACAGUGAUUUCGCUCACUGGAGCAUGAAACUUGGUCGUUUUCUGGCCUGAUUCAAGAUGAGGAAUGGCAUGAAUCCUGAUGUGUACCACUGAGCAGGGAUUUGACUUGGGUCAUUAAUUCUGUCUUUAAUAUUUUUUCCUCUUUAGAAGUGCUGUGAUUCCCUGGAAGUUGUGUUGCAAAAAAAAAAUAGUUGAAAGCAUUUUGUGAUCAAUAAUCAAAGCACCAUUUUACUUGAAUUUUCCCACUCAAGUUAAACAGUUAAUUACUUCUGCACAAGUCAAGUGAGCUGCGCAACUGCAUUGUUUUUAGUUAUACUAGUCGCAAUUUCUGGGAUCUUAAGCUCUUUAUUUGAAAUAAUUUUACUUUUUAUCUGGCUCUUUUGGAAAGUUCUGACUCGCCUUGUCAGCAAUGCAGGUUAAUUCUCUCAGCAAGUCUUUUAGCUCUUCCUUCAAUUUCACCAGUAUUUGCCUGAUGGUUUUCAUCUCUAUUCUUAUAAUCCUGUUCCAGUGGCAAAGUGGUGGGAGUUGGGGGUUGAUUUUUGGGAUGGGAUCCUUUUGAAGAGAGAAGCAUUAACAUACAACUCAAAAAGUUUGGCUACGAGAUUUUUAUUUCUUUACUUUUCUUAAUUGUUAUCUGCACUGGAGGCUUGCCAUUGUACCCUUUAGCAUUUGGAAAUUGAAGUAUUACCUGCUUUAAUUCAGUCAAGGAAAACUUAAACCACCAGUGCAAUUAACAAGAGCUUAAAGUUCAUAGACUUCUAGGUUAUGCAGGUCAAGGUUUGUGUGUCAUUACUGUAUAAUCAGGAUUCAGCAGUUAUUGCUGAAAUGUUUUGUCUUCUCUCACAUGACUACUGAAUAAGCAGAAGAAAAAGGGGAAACUCAAAUGCUAGAAAUGUGCAGCAUUUGAAGAGAAAAGUAGGUUAAUGCUCCAUUUGUGAACCCUCGCUAAUUUUUUGAUCAAGCAAUGUUAUUCUCAUGGAAGGUCUCACUUAGCCUCUCUUUUUGUUUCAUGUGAGCCUUCACAGUCAGUUGAAGCAUUUUCUGCUUUUAACUUUUAUAUUGGUACCUAAUGAAGUAAACCCAAGUAGAUUGAGUAUUAGCUGGAGAUGUGAAAUAAAUACAUUUCCUUAAGCACAAACAGUGCUCACUUGUUUCUCGAGUCGUGUGGCUGACCUCUUCAGCUGAAAUUGCGAUUUUUAUGAAAGCACAGUUUCACUGCCACAAGAAGCCCUCUCUGGUAUCCUCACUAAUUGGACCCUGCAGCUGAGACACUGAUAACUGGCAGUUGUAAUUGCUGUGGGUUGCCAUUAUGUUCUCACUCAACGUCUUCACAUGCACUAUUUUUUCAUAAAUAGUGGUACACUACUGGAUAGUGAUCAGGAGCAGAAACCCUAGAAUUUUUUUCAGGCCCUCCCUCUUAACCACCACAAUACACAUCAUUUGCAGUCCUCACAGAGUUGAGCAAAAACUAGAGGUGAGUUGGUUUGGAGGCAGGGUAGUGGCAGAAUUGUAUAGUAUUAAAACUGGCCAUUUAUUAAGCACAACUACAACAAAAUAUCCAUAAAAAUGUGCAUUUAAGCCCAGUUAGCAUUUAGCACUUUAGCUUCAGGGUAAGGAUACUGAGUUUGCAGUAAGGAAUUAAAACAAAAAAAGGAUAUUUAACUAAAUGGUAUAAGCCUGCUGUGCAAUGGCAAGGUAUACUGAAGUGGAGGAGUCAGCUGGUGCACUUUGUAUUUAAAGUUAAUGAAAGUUUUGGGAGGAGGAAAAAGAUUGAUGUUGAAUUUUGCAUUGCAAACAUCAAUAAUUUUUUCCCCAGUUUUGCUAAUAAAUAAGCUAAAUUUGAGGUAUAGAUCUAUUACAUAAAGUCUGGAUCCAAUCCUUUCUGCUGCUUGAAUUUGUUCCUAAUAUUGUCAAGUUUCAGCUACUAUACUAAUUAUUUUUCUUUACAAUAAUACUUUUCCGGAAAUCUCCUUGUGCUGUAAAGUUACUGCUGUGCUUUCACAGAGUGAAUAGGACUAGAGUUUGAAUUGCAACUACAAGAAAGUAGUUUUUUUUUAAAAACAGCAGUCAAACAAAAUCUUUUGCCAAAGAUUUCAAGCUAUGUCCUGAUUUGUAAAUAAAUCAAAUUGGAGCAUUUGUGUAACUUUUUACAGAAAUUAUUAAUUGCUAUUGUGUUUGGUAAGCCAAAACUGAGGUUUUUAUAAUAGUGCUAUCUUGCUACCCAAAAUCCAAUGCAGGGGAAAGCAAUGCCACCAGCUGGCGACAAGAUGUAUGCCACAGUUCCUUUGCAGGAAAGUAGAUGUUAAAUUCAGCCCUUCGAGGAAUGUUACUGAAAUAAUGAGACACUUUCUUAAUUGUCAAGAUCUUAAUUGACCCCUACGUAAGAUAUUUCACUACUUUGUAUGAAAUGUAAAUCAGAAAUUUGACUUUUAAGAUUUUGCAUUUAGAUCUUGAUGACAGGGCAGGUACAAGUCAGAUUUUAAAUUUUUUUGCUCAGCUUUUAUGAAUUUUAGCCCAUUAAAUAAGGCCCAGUUUGUAGUGUAAGUACCUGCUUAAAGUUAGUUGUUCAGAAUAUGUACUUACAAUUCUGAAAAAGUUGCUUAUGUCUGUGACUUGUUCCUAAUAUUGUCAACUUUCAGCUACUCUCACUAUAUUUAUUAAAGUAAGUACUUUACAACACGAGGAGGUUAGCAGAAAAGUUACCGCUGAACUUUGACAAAUUGAGUAGAAAUCAAUUCUCAAAAAUAAUGUUGGUCAGAGUCGCCUUCCCUGCUUCUGGAUUGUAGCAGGAUUUUUUUUGGGUCUUGGCUGACAUUGGGUGAGGUGGUUUUAUAUUUGAAUGGAUAGAAUUGUGAAGAUAUUUUUUCAACUGCUCUUUCUCUCUGAAACCAAGAUUAGUAAAAUUUCCAGGAUGAGUUAGUUUACAUGGAUUAAAAAUUUCCUCAGCGAUACACUUAUGCUACUUUGAAGAAAUCUGCUUGGCACUGAAACUAAUUAAUGAUUAGUUUCCCAAGGGGAUUUUGAAGAAUUAAUUGGUAUUGGUUCCCUCUCUUUACCAUUACUUUGCUGCUUUUUACAAAUAUAAAUCUUAACUGCAAAAAUUUCCAUUCUCUUGUGCAUAGCUAAAGCAAUUUGUUUCUUAUUUUACUUUCUGCCCUGCAGCUGUUCAUCUCUGCACUGCCUUCUACACUCUUGAUCAACUCUUCUCUCCCCUUUCUAUGGUUCCAUUUUGUAAUUAAUCAGCUUUGUAGUUUCUGAAGGCAUAGCUUUUAUGAAAGAAAUUUUGGCUUUUUUAAAGUAAAUUUCUGAAUGUCAAGUCUAUAUAUGUAUUAAUAAAUAGAGUAGAGCUAAUGUAAGCUCACAUAACUCCACAAUACAGUUAACAUGGGAAAAAUACUACCGUGUCUUGCUCCUGAGCUCCCUGAUUCCUGCAUAUUAAAACAAUUUUUUAAAGAAAUUACUUUUUUAUUGUAGGAGCUGCCAAUUGUCUGGGCAAAUUAUUUCAAUUAAUCCUAUUUGAAUUUUAGAUUAAAUUAUAGAAUUAACUAUGAGAAGCUUCAACAGCUCAUUUCUGAGAGGGAUUGAUGUGCUGAAUAGCUUAUUUUUUCCUUCCUGUAACAGCAUUUAUCUUCACAUCUAUCACUCAAAACCUGCAGUGUAAAGCAGGCAUGGGUUUUUGACUCACUGGAUGUGUUUUGCCUGCUUUUGGGAGGCAAGAGAAAACAUCAGACAUUGGGUAGUGCCUGAUAACCUAAUUGUAAGAGUCAUGCCAUUGGCUGGAUCCCAUUGUUUACAAAUGUUGGCAUACUUUAAAACCCCAGUUAGUUUGUGUCAUUUUUAAAUGGAUUUACAUUAAAAUGACCAAUAUGUUGUGAAUGUUUUUUUAAAAUAUAUAUAUAUUUUUUGAAGUUUAGCUUUUAUGAGGAAGAUGCCAGCUUAACCUGAAUACUGCUGGAUUGUUUAGUACAUCCACUAUUUUUAAAAAAAAAUGAAAGUUGUAGAAGUAUUCAAGAUCUAGUAGUUUAAAAGUCAGUGCAAGAAAGAACUGAUCAGUCCCUUGAUCAGUGUGCUUGAGUUACAAAGUAAAGGGCUAAAUAAACCCUCUCUACACACAGUUUGGAUCCCCACGGAAAUUAAUCAGUUUGUUUUGCAGUCUGCACUGUUAAGAAAUUUUUUAUGCAUGUAGUGUUGCGUUCUUGCUGUUUUAAAAGAGAAUAAAAUGCAAAUAGUUUCAAAAAUAUAUUUACGGAAUAAUCUAAGUAGCAGAAGGCAGCAGCACAUCAGAGAAAUUUAAAUGCUGCACUAUUUGACAAGUCUGCCAUAAAGGGCAGCCUACUUUGUAAUACAGUAUGUAGGAUUAUAAAUAUUACUGACCACCUUUAAAAGGUGGAUUCUAUUUUUAAUAAAACAUUAAUAAUCACAAAAUUGAUACAGAUAUAUAAUAUGUAGGUUAGCCUAUACCCUUUUAAAGAAAACGUUUAAUUGACUGUCAAUGUAGAUUGAGUCUUCCCUUGAUAAGGAGUUGGGGGGAGGGGAUGCUCCACUACAUUUAGGGGACAGCAAUUAUGUCAAAAGCAAGGACGUGGGCUUGUUUAUCUAGUAAAGAGUUUCCGGGUCCUGUAGCUUGGACUUGCUUGUCUUGGUUGGGUGAUUGCAGCCAUUCCUCAGGCAACUGGUGGUUUGAUGAUUAAUGAGGGCAGGAGGGAGGGAGAAUGAAGGAAAACAAAAACGUUUUGUAUUUGAUUUCAGGCCACAACAGAGUAAUUGGCAAGAUAAAUGAGCCCUUGAGGAAAGCAAGAGGGAGAAACCAAAUUGAAAUACAGUUACUUUUCUCAGACUGAGCAUUGCUAAAGGUAUACGACUUGGGAGAGCCAAUCUAUAUGGAAGCCAUCUUCAAAAAAAAAUUCUUGAAUGCAGGAGUGGAGAGGGAGACUCCAAAUGUUCACUUUCACAGAAGAAUGAAGUAAAUUUUAAAAGAAAGUGUGAUAAUUACCAUUAACAGUUGGCAGAAUCACUACAUUAGUGACUGGCUGCUGUUGGAGCACAACUUCAACUCGUAUAUGGGGCGGGGGGGCACUUGUGGAGGGAAGGUGUAGUUGAUGGUAAAGGAAUGUUUGCUGUGUGAAUUCAAAAUUAGAUUAUUCAUUUACAAUGCUGUGGAUAAAACCAGGGAUCUUACUCUUCAAGUAAGGCAACCCCUUUUUCCAUAUCCCCCACUUUCUGAAUGUUUCUGAAUGUUGAAACAUUCAAAAGGUAUUAGCAAGGUUGGAUUCCUCUGUUCCAAAAAUCCUGAUGAAUAAUUUUCAUUUGUAUUCUUUUGACCUGUUGUACAUUUAAAUGAGCAAAAAAAAAAUGUCCCUAGCACCUCUGUUGUUGAAAACACAUAUUCAGAGUUUGAAAUCAACUUUGUUCACAGUGUGCUGGAACCCAGCAGUGGUAGCUGUUGUGACGACAGAGGGUCAUAAUCCCUCUGAGGAUUUCUUUUUCUUUUUUUGACUGUUGUAAAUGUAUUUUUUGUUAAUUUGUGACUGCCUCUUGCAGACACCAAAUAUUUUUUUUAAAAAUCAAUUAGAAUUUGAAUUUCCUGAUAAAUAGUCAAUGAAGUCUUGGACAGAUAUUAUUUUCUUCAUGAGGUUUUGUUGGAACAGGAGUCUGAACCUCUUUGGAGUUGGCUUAUCUUCACUUGUAUGCACUGCCAUUGUCUUAUGUGAAAGCUCCCUAUGUAUUUGCAGUAAAGAGGAAAAGAGGAUACUUUGGCAGUUUUGGAAAAUGGGCUACAAGCAGGAGGAAAAUCAACGUUUUUCCAGCAUAACAAAAGCAAUGUUGGCUUUUGUGGCACAUUAAAAAAAAUGAAUAAAAAAGUGUUGUGGUGUUCAUGUGCUUAAUUGUAAAUAUAUUUGUCUUUUAAAUUGUCCUUUUAUUUUUUGGGGUGGGAAGGGGGAAAUGGCAGAGACUAGGGUUUUAUUCUAUAAAGGAAUACAGAGUAUUUUGAUAUUGUGCAUUCCAAGGGUGAUGUGUACAUAUAUAUGAUGUAUAUAAUGAUGAAAUCAUUAUCAUUUUGUGCAGCACCAGCUCUUCUCUGUACUGCUGUUCUACAGUCAGUGUUCCAGUGUUUGUAUUUUUUUUUUGUUACUGCACGUUUUAUUAAUCCUAGCUGAAAGAGAAAUGCACAACUAUCCUUUGUAUCAGUUUACUGCUGUAAAAUACUACCAAAUGUCAUUAGUUGUUGCUGCCAGUCGUGAUAUGCAUGGAUGGCACUUAUAAUAAAUGCUAUAGCUUCAG